AUGAUUUCUUCAAUAUACAAUGUUGUUGUGUUGUUCCUUUAUCUUGAAAUAAACGUCAACUUAUGCUUUUUAAUUGCAGAUGGUUUGAGCUGUAUUGCUAACAUCCCAUCAGUGGUCCCACAGGAGGGAGAGGAGCCCUCUGAUUUCGAGCCAACAUGCCCAACUGAAGUGAAACAGGACCCCUGCACCUCGAGCUUACGGGCAACGUUUGCAGGGAGAGCUUCUGUACCAAAGCGGAAGAAACCCCUAAGCGAGGAGGUUGCCGAGUGGCAAAUUCGUUUCUUCAAAUCUCAGGUGGCAUUGUCAGAGAAGAAGCAAAAGCUGGUUGAGACACAGCAACGGGUACUAGAGAAAUAUGAGAGGCGUUUGGACAACGAGGACGUUGACUCUUUCAUAAAAAGCCAAUUUUUCAAUUAA